UUAGGACUUUUAGAAAAGUUAUCAAAUAUAAUAUGAUACUUUUUGAUUACUUUGAUAAAGUAAUUAAAAUAGUUUAAUUACUACAAAUAUUUUUUUACAGGGUAAUUAGUCAACUGUAAUCUAUUACAUUACUUCCCAUUCCUGUUUUUGAGAUAUAAUGAGUGUUUAGGAAAAACACAAAUGUGUUGGGAAAGUGUAAUUAAUCUUUAAGAAUUUUAACCUCAAAGAAAACUGGAUUUUAAAUCUGACCACUAGACUUGUUCACAUAGUGCAGAGUGGAGUUGGGUGUUGGGAGGGACUACCGCGAAGAGGGGGCGUUGGGUAGAAGACCCCUUGCGUGCGCGCGGCUUUCCCUACGUACGUGCGUAAAAGCCGUGCGUAAUUGGGGACGUAGUUCGCCGUGCCGACGAGAAAGUGUUUUGCAUGGACAGUGAGCAGCGCGGCUGGCAGAUUAACAACGACUUCCUUCCUCCGCCGGGGCACUAACAUGGAGUUUGGGGGUUAUAAAUGCGAGCCAAACAUAUUCUCAAACAAACAAGCCUAUGGACUGCUGGCACGCGCGAGAACUUAAACAGACACAAACGAGGUUCAAACAUGAAGGAUGUUACGGGACACUUUGUUUUCUUGUUAACUUUCCUGGUGGGAAGAGCCGGAGGGAUAGAGACGAAUAGCGGAUACUGCAUCGGAACCCAGUGUUUCACUGUGUACCAAGAUCCCAGCGAUUUCACCACCGCGCAGAACCAAUGUAGAGAUCAGAGCGGACACUUAAUGACAGUGCGCUCUUCUGUCUCCCAUGAUAUUCUUAAUAUCUUGCUGGGGAACUUCACGGGGCGGUUCUGGAUCGGUUUGCAUCUAACGGCCGGGUGCCCAGACCCUGCUGCGGAGCUGAGAGGCUUCCAGUGGGUGACCAGCGAGAGCGAGAGUGACUUUUUCAACUGGGCGCCGAGUUUUAACAGCAACUGCUCUUCUCGUCACUGCGUCUCAGUUUCCAGAGAGGACGACUUUAAAUGGAUCCAGGAGUCAUGCGACGAACAUGCGGCCGGGUUUCUCUGCGAGUACAGCUUCAGUGACCCGUGUAAAGGUCUUGCUGCUGAAGAGGGCGAGUCUAUCACCUACAUGACCCCGAUGGGGUUUGUGGGAGAGGAUGUGCUUUCUUUGCCUCCUGGCAGCACCGCUUUGCGGCUGCCAGCUAAGACUAAAUACGUCUGCUUCUCCGAGCAGUGGGUGCAGGCGCCCUGGAGCUGCGAGAUACACGAAGGUGGGUGUGAGUAUAAAUGCGUAGUGGACCUCGAACAUGUGUACUCCUGCUACUGCCCCCCAGGCCAGACCAUCAACCCUGCAAAUAAAGUCACCUGCGAAGUGACCGCAGACGACCCGUGCCUGCCGCUGCGUUGCGCACACGCCUGCUACCAGAAGGAAGACUCCUACGCGUGCAUGUGUGACCACGGCUUUAAACUGGCGCAGGACGGCAGUUCGUGCGUGGACUUCAACGACUGCAGGGACGAGCGGCAGUGUCCCGGGGAGAACUUUGUGUGCGUCAACAACGUCGGCGGGUAUCAGUGCGUCUGCAAGGAUGGAUACAAGAUGAGCGGCGGCCUGUGCGUCGACGUGGACGAGUGCGUUACGGCUCCAUGUGAGCACCUCUGCCACAACACUCCUGGUAACUAUACAUGCUCGUGUUAUGAUAAAUAUAGCAGUGACCCAGAGUCACCGGAUAAGUGUAAACGCCACUGCGGGGAGGAGGAAUGCGUCGCAGAGUGCGACCCCAAUGACAGGUUCCAGUGCUUCUGCCCCGAGGGUUAUAUAGCAGAGGAGAGAAAAGAUCAAACGGUUUGCAUUGACAUGGACGAGUGCUCUUUCUUUUCUUGUGAUCAAGAUUGUAUAAACACAUUCGGCAGCUAUGAGUGCACGUGCUAUGCCGGGUAUACACUAGUUGAACCGUUCAUGUGCAUAAAAAACGAGGGUAAUACGGACACAGAUGAAGGCUCCGGAGCGGACACGACUCCGAACAUGCCCAUAACAUCACGCAUGCCAGAUCCAAAUCCGACAAGGCAACCCUCCCCGGUGACAGUGGGGGGUCUUGUGGGGAUAAUAGUGUGCACGGCCUUUUUCAUUGUGCUGGUGGUUUUUCUGGCUCAUCACACGCUCACCGGCAGAGGGAAGAUGGAGAGCAGCGGCGCGCUCAAAGCUCCGGAGGACGGGAGAGUGACGAGUGACGCUUAAAAGAAGGAGACAGCUGAAGCAGGACAUGUGAAUAUACAGGUCAAUCCUCGAAAACAACUACGGAGACAGUUUUAAAUUAUGUAGAUCUGCAAAGCAAUUAAGGAGACAGGAGAAAAGGCCACUGUAAACUCACAACACAACAGAAAUAUUAUAGAAAUAUUCAAGUGUUCUAUGUCUUGGAGGACUGGUUUUAUCUAGCCUACCACUCAACUCAAACUCAUCAGAUGCAAUGAAAUAAAACAUGAGGAAUAACUUUGUUUUAUUUUAAGGUUUGUGCUAAUUAUUAAAUUAUAAAAAUGUGAUUGAAGGAUGAUCUGUCUGUUUUUCUCCUUCACUAGCUCUCUCAGCCAAUACAGACUGACUUGCCCCACCGUGUGGCGAAACAAGUGAAUUGCAGGUUAUCCGUGAAGAAGCAACGUUACAUGCACACAGUUCUCUUCUAUAAUAUAUCACAUUAAAGUCCUUCACACACAUUACUCAGCAAGCACACAAAAGCCUAGAUAACAUGUAAAAUGGAUAUAUGUUGAAGUACCGGAGAGUCAUUUCUAAAAAGGUCACACCUCCCCAGAAAAAGGGUAAAAGAAAUCACUUUUUUGAUAUUCUUAUAAUAUUAAAUAUCAUGGAGGCACGACUGGAAGCCUAGUAGUAGCAGUGAUAGCAUUUAUAGUACAGAAUGUUGCAGUCGUAGUGGUUUAGCAGUGGCAGCAGAAGUAACCAAGCAGUAAUAGCAGUAAUAGCAGUAGCAGUAUUGGUGGAGGUGGUGGUAGUAGUAGUAGUAGUAGCAGCAGCAGCAGCAGCAGCAGCAGCAGCAGUAGCAGCAGCAGCAGCAGCAGCAGCAGUAGUAGCAGCAGCAGCAGCAGCAGCAGCAGCAGCAGCAGCAGCAGCAGCAGCAGCAGCAGCAGCAGCAGCAGUAGUAGUAAUUGCACUACUACUGUUAUUACUGGUAUUCUGUUCGGUUUGGGCAUAUAACCAAGUGUCCUACGUUUACUCAAAUACAGCACUAAAAUCCAGUUUAAAGGUACUUGUACUAGCAGCAGCAGUAAUAACAGUAGAGGCAGUAGAGGCAGAAGUUAUAGUAGUGGUUGCAGCAGGCAUGUACUUUACUUAAAUAAACAUUUGAGGUACUUGUA